AUGGCUGUCAUUAAAAUUCAUAUUGUUUCAGACAUUAUCUGUCCCUUAUGUUUCGUCGGCAAAAGAAAAUUAGAGAAAGCCAUUGACCUGUGGAAAAAGACCCAUGGCAAUAGCUCCGAUACUUUCUCUAUCACAUGGGGAGCGUAUUAUCUCCGGCCAGAUGCUGGAACAAGCGAGGCCACCACGGUGGACUACAUCAAGCAGAAAACCGGCAUGCACGACAUCACACCAGUAAUAAGGCGGAUGGAGCAGCUGGGCAGGGCCAAUGGAAUUCGGUUCAAAGUUGGUGGAAGGACUGGAAGCACCAGAGAUGCACACAGAUUGAUAUAUCUGGCCCAAACAAAACUUUCGAACCCAGAGAUUUGUGAUGCAUUGGUGGAAGGGCUUUUUCGCAGGCACCACGAGGGCGCACAGGACAUCAGUUCUCAUGAUAUCCUACGCCAGAUUGCCGUAGAGGCUGGGAUCGAUGCAGGAGACGUGGACACUUGGUUGAAAUCCGAUAUCGCUGGAGUGGAUGUGGACCGAGAGUUCUUUGAGGCACAACGUCAGGGUAUCUUUGGUGUUCUCCUUUUCAUGAUUCAGGGGCAAUAUAUUGUGCGAGGUGCACAAGACCCUCCGGCCUUCCUCGAAGUCUUUUCGAAAGUAGCUAGAAAUGAUAGCUCUUAA